UGCUGAGGGUCAGGCGUGUGCCAGGGAAGAAUCCAGACAGCCCUCUGUCCUCCCGGAGCUGACCUUCUCUUGGGGAAGAGCCUGGUUGCAAACAGUAUCAGAUCCUGACAGGUGCCGUCCAGAAAACAGGGUGAUGUCUUCCGAGGUUGGAGAUGUCAGAUGAGGAAAACAGGGACGCCUCUGAGGAGGUGACCUUUUGGCAACAGACGGGUCUAGCAGCCUUCUACUGUAACCCUUUUAAAGCGGACCUUUUCGAUGGGUUUGGGAAGUUGCCUACGGUUGUGUCAACAUCACCACGGUCCAGUUUUAGAACGUUUCCAUCGCCCCCCAAAAGUGCUCGGGAGACGGCUUUUGAAUUGGGGGUCUGAAGAUUCAGCCUGAGACGUGGGGAGGAUGGGGGAGGGUGAGUCACCCCAGGCGGAAGGAACAGAUAGCGGCAAUGUUCCAAGGCCGGGUGGACCUUGCUGUGUCCACGCGCAGGAAGCGCGUCAGCAGAGCCACCUGGCUGGAACGCAGCGGGUGGCGCAGGCGGGGAGGUGCGGUUGAGUUGUACGCGGGUCCUCCGAACUUGAGGGGUCCCAGCGUCCUGUAUGACACGCGGUCCACGUAGCCUGGUUAAUGCUUGCGUGACCCCUGCUCCUUCCCCGGGUUCCACGUGGCAGAAACGUUCUCUCCCAACAGGAGAGCUGCAGAGAGGGAAGGAACAGAGGAUUUUCAGGCGCCGUGCGUGUGUGUGCGUGGCCUCCCUUGUUUUUUGUGAUUCUGUGAAGUGGGCAUUCGUGGCUCUGUUUUCGGGGAUGAGAAAAUCGAGGCUAAGUCGCCUGCCCCAAGCCGCGUAGCCACUGGUUCCUGGACUCUGCCUGCAGAAGCCUUGUUAUUCCUUUGUUCUCAGGCAGUGAGCUGGCGUUGCCCGGGCACUGCUCACAUUUAACGUCCUCUCACAGAGUUGUUCUCAGAUGCCGACGGGAUCAUAGCCGUUGCUUUGACCGAGUCGCUGGGCGCCCACUUGCUUCAUGAAGUCGGGAAGCCCAGGGCCAAAAUGAGUCUGUUCGGAACAACCUCGGGUUUCGGAACCAGUGGGACCAGCAUGUUUGGCAGCACAAGCACAGAUAACCACAACCCCAUGAAGGAUAUUGAAGUAACAUCGUCUCCUGAUGAUAGCAUUGGUUGUCUGUCUUUUAGCCCACCAACCUUGCCCGGGAACUUUCUUAUUGCAGGAUCGUGGGCUAAUGAUGUUCGCUGCUGGGAAGUUCAAGAUAGCGGACAGACGAUCCCAAAAGCCCAGCAGAUGCACACGGGGCCGGUGUUAGAUGUCUGCUGGAGUGAUGAUGGGAGCAAAGUAUUUACAGCAUCAUGUGAUAAAACUGCCAAAAUGUGGGACCUCAACAGUAAUCAAGCAAUACAGAUUGCACAGCACGACGCUCCUGUUAAGACCAUCCAUUGGAUCAAAGCUCCAAACUACAGCUGUGUGAUGACUGGCAGCUGGGAUAAGACUUUGAAGUUUUGGGAUACACGAUCAUCAAAUCCCAUGAUGGUUUUGCAACUCCCUGAAAGAUGUUACUGCGCCGAUGUGAUCUACCCUAUGGCCGUGGUGGCGACUGCAGAGAGGGGACUGAUCGUCUACCAGUUAGAGAAUCAGCCCUCCGAAUUCAGGAGGAUAGAAUCCCCGCUGAAACAUCAGCAUCGAUGCGUGGCUAUUUUCAAAGAUAAACAGAACAAGCCGACUGGUUUCGCUCUGGGAAGUAUCGAGGGGAGGGUUGCUAUUCACUACAUCAACCCCCCAAAUCCUGCCAAAGACAACUUCACCUUCAAAUGUCACCGCUCGAACGGAACCAAUACCUCAGCUCCUCAGGACAUCUACGCGGUAAACGGGAUCGCAUUCCAUCCCGUUCACGGCACCCUUGCCACUGUGGGAUCCGAUGGCAGAUUCAGCUUUUGGGACAAAGAUGCCAGAACGAAGCUAAAAACUUCGGAACAGUUAGAUCAGCCCAUAUCGGCCUGCUGCUUCAAUCACAAUGGGAACAUAUUUGCCUAUGCUUCCAGCUACGACUGGUCAAAGGGACAUGAAUUUUAUAAUCCCCAAAAGAAAAAUUACAUCUUUCUGCGUAACGCAGCCGAAGAACUAAAACCCAGGAAUAAGAAGUAGCGGCCGGAGACUUCUGGGCCGUCGGGAGUCGUUCUCUCUCACUCUGCCUCGUCUUUGUACGAAUUUGGGUCCCAGUUUUUGGUAGGUUGUCAGCCAUGGAUGUGGAUUUCAACCCCUGGAGAAAACGAUCAUUGUUCAGCAGUCGGGAGCCCAGCCGGCCACGGCGACUGCCUGUCACAGGUCUGUGCUGUGGCCCUGAGGGGACUGAAGUCAUUAGAGAAGUCAGCUUCCUGUGGGCGACUGCCAGGCAUUUUUCAGCGCUUCGUUCAGCCACGUCUGUAUUAGAGAACAUUGGGGAACAUUCUACGGACGCUGUACUGUAUUUUGUAAUAAAAUAUUUUGAAGAUUGCCUCCUAAGCUCCCUUUGUCUCUCUCUCCCCUGGCCUGCCCCCUAAGCUCUCACAGGGUUGUCCUGCCCAGCAUGAUCAUGGGUUUUGAUUUGUGAUGUGAGACGCCGUUGGGGGAGCAGCGGUCUUGCUGAGGAGGGCGGGAAUCCUGAGCCGUGCGCGGGGGGCCGGCCGCUGCUUCUCCAAGCACCGGCUUCUUUCGUUCCGUCUUCCACGUCCCCGGUGUCGUUUGGCUCUGCGGGCGGACGUCCUGGUGGCUGGGACGGGGCCUGUUCCGUGUGCAGACCCAAGCGGGUGAUGUUUGUGUGGCCCUCAAGUUAGGAGCGAGCCCCCUGCAUGAGACAUGCUCUGAACUCACGCCCAGUAACUGUUUUCUUUUCAGGCGUGGCUUUUUAAUUUUUAUUUUAUUUAUUUCUCGUACUUGAAAAUUCUUGGUUGGUAAGUAUCUGAAAUGAAAUUCGACUUUGACAUUUGACCUUUGAGUCCGUUGUUGUGUUCCUACCCUGCGAUCCCAAAUGCAUCUUACGCUUUACUGUCUGGGACUGGGAUGUAAACUGGCUUGCUGAGUUUGGAAAUCUGGCUUUCCUAAUAUUGUAAGACUUGUUUGCCUACUCGUAAAAAGCAAUGAAAAUAAAGUUUUCUACUGAAAGAGAU